GCGUGGUGUUCGCUGGGCGAGUAGUGUCAGUUGCCUUCCAGCUCGACGUUGCUUAGAAAUUGCAGGGAAAUAGAACGUGAUUAAUGUUUUCAUAUUCAAAUGUUGGAAGGCUCAAAAAAAAUGAUUCCAAAGAAGCAAUUCAAAGAAAAAGAGCUUAAUUGCAAGCGGCUAAGAGUUCUUCUGAACAGAAUUUCUGAUGAUAUAUUUCGAAAGUGUCUCACUGAUAGCAUUGAUCUAAAUCAUGCAACGGCACAAUUUUCAGUUGCUCCAAGUGUUCAGGAAAAAAGUGCUGACUGCAGCCAACAUGAACUGUUUAUCGAUGAAAAUUUGAAUCGAGGUCCAACUACUGAUUCGAAUGUUAUUUCUAGAUCCACAGGUAUAUAUUGUGACAAAAGUAGUAAAGAGCAAGUGAAUUUCUUGGUUGAUUUGGAAGUUACUCUGUUAUCUAAAGAUACCCAUAUCGAAGCAGAUACUAAUUGCUACGUUUCUGAAGAUGAAAAUAAUGAAGUUCAUCAAAUGAAUGUUAAGAGAAGUACAUUUUGGGAUCAAGCUAUUACUGAGAAGGAUAUACAUACAUCAAAAGUACAAAGCAACAGUCUUAAAACUCGAAGUCCCAAAAUAAAAUCUCGAACAAUCAGUAAAACCAAAAAAAUACGUCCAAACCAGGCGAGCAGAGUACCUGCUCUGAAAGACUUCAAAAUUGUGUGUGAAAGACUUCCCCAUGAUCUUUAUCAAAUUUAUUCUAAACAACUCUGUGUUCAAAAGGUCUUGGAAAGCAAAGAUAUUGCUUGUAAGUCUCAAAAUGUUCAACAUCAAGUUACUUCCGCCAAUUGUGAUAAAAAAAACCAAAGUGAUAAACCAGCAAAAAGCAUUCCCGAGGCAAAUUUGAUAAAAAACAUUGAUUACAAGAAAAAUUUGAAGUCGAACAUCAAAGUUCAGUCAAAACCAUGCAGUCAUGUGAGCAAAGCGCUGACUGAUAUGAAAACACAUCUUAAAGUUUGCUCAAAAAAGACCGAAAGAAAGGAAUCUAAUAACAUGUGUGAAGUAGCUAUUCCACCGGGAAAAAAAACUAAAUUAUCAAAGAGUACUGAUUUGAAAAACAUGGAAGUGAAACCCGUCCUAAAGAGACAAUCUUGUGACGAAAGAUCUGCACAAAAAAUUGAGAAAGUUUCAGAUAAACUUCAUCCUUCUGUAAAAACUUCAGAAGUACAAUUUAAAAAAUUGAAAAAAGAAUUAAGUUCUAAUAAUGUGGCUUUUGGUAAUCUUCAAAAUGGAAGUAAAAUAUCUUCGAAGAAAAAUGUAAAAUCUGAUUCUCUCAGAAAAAAAUGUAAAUACUGUAGAAAGCGAGAAAAAUACAAAUUUAUAAAUGAAAUGAAUUUCGAAGAAGGAAUGAAAGAUGCAACUAAAGAACUUUCUAUUCAUGAAACUGUUUCAGAUAUCCAAAAUAUGGUUGCAAAAGAUUCCCACCCAAGUUCAGAAAAUGCAUCAUACUCGCAGAAUGUUGCAUUUGAGGAACUUGAAAAAUCUGACAUGUUUUCGAUUGAUAAAAGCAACAAUCCUUCAGAUGUGAUGAUAAAUUGUAGAGAAUUGAAGCAAAAGUGUAAAUGCCAUCAUCUUUCAAAAUCUAAAUUAAAGGUCAAAAGAAAAGAAAAGGUGUCAUUAAAAAAACAAGUUGGAGCUUUGAAAGCAAAUAAAUGCACUACUGACACUUCAAGCAUCUUGCCUCUCAAUAAUAGCAUUUCCUUAGAAAACGUGCCUUCAAAAACACACAUUUCUUCUGCGAAAGCUUUACCAAGCACAGAGAAGUUAAAAAUAUGCAAGAUGAAAACUGUUUCUAAGAAUUGCAUUAAAAAAAGUGAAGGCAACAUGAUUAAAGGAAAAAAGAAGGGAGAUGUUAAGAAGAGUUACAAAGGUGCAAAACUUAUUGAAAAAUUCUCGAAGCUAAAUCGUAUCGAAAAGAAAAAACAACAGUGCAGCAAAAAAGCCUCUCACAAAAAUGUUUCACAGUCUGAUGAUGCAACUACUAAUGGUAAUAGUUGUUUGCCAUUAGUAUCACAAAAUUUAAACUUUGAAACCUCAAAUAAAGUACCUUUCAUUAGUAACAUUUCUUUAGAAAACAUGUUUUCAGAAACAGUCAUUUCUUCUGUCAAAGCUUUGCCUGGCACACGGAACUUGAAAACAGACAAAAUGAAAAACGUUUCCAAGAAUUGCGUACAAAAAAGGGGAGGUAACAUAAAAAGAAAGAAAAGGGAAAUAAUUAAUAAAGGUUACCAUUGUGUAAAUCAUUUUGAAAAGUUUUCACAACUGAAUUGUAUCAAAAACAAAAAGAGUCGGUGCAGCAAAAAAACUUGUGAUGAAAAUGUUUUAGAGUCUGGAGAUGCAAUUAAUUCUCGUACAAAUUGUUUGCCAUUAGUAUCGCAAAAUUUAAAAUUCGGUAAAACUAAUUCUUUUAAUAAAAUUGCGGGUAAAAAUAAGAAAUCUUUUAACUGUGUUUACUCUCCUAAAGAAUCUAAAACUGCUAUGCUAUUAAAACGAAAAUUAGAAAAUCGGAUGAAUAAACUUGCUAAGACGGGAGCUAGUUCCAAAUCUUUUCAACGGUUUGAAAAUAUGACUGCAAUUCAAUUUAUUUCUUUUUUAUCACAGCACAAAAAGUUAGCAUUAUAUUUCUCUAAAAUUUUAAAUAAAAGUUUUGUGAUGCGAAAUCCUUUAAACUCGGGUGCAAAAGUUGUAUUGCAUGGCUCAAAUGUGGAAAAGCAAAAUUCAUCAGCCAAUAAACUAAUAAAGGAUGUUUCUGACUGUCAAAACAGCCCAUCUUCAAGCAAGACAUUGAGAGUUGUGCUUUCUCGACUUUCAGAUAGCCAUUUUAAUUUCUAUAAUAAUGCAAAAUUUGCCAAUACUACAAGCUGUAAAGAAACUGAAUCUUUGAAAAAUGAAGACAAAAUUUUAUUAACCCCUACCAAAUCUUUGUUGAAAAAGGACAAUAAUUGUAAAAGUCCAGUUUCCAAAAAAGUGACUUUUAAUCUUGAUAUUAAAGAUAAUGAAGAUUCAUUUUAUUUGUCAUCCAGUACAAAUGACAUCCGUACUGAUGAUGUAUGUGCACAGAUUGACUCAUCAGUUUUAAAGAUUGACGGUUUUGGAAUAAAACCUGUUCAAGUUGUGCUUAAACCAAUUAAUAUUGACACUAACUUGUACACUGUGAAAAAAAGAAAUCUUGCUAGUUUGGAACAGCCUGGAGAUGGAACAGUUUCCUGUUUGGAACAGGUUAAUUCGCCUGUGACAGCUAUGUUCAGUAAACCAAAUAUUUCGAAUAUUGAAAAAAUACCUUUUAGUAGGGAAAGAGAAAGGAAUUUAAAUUCAGUUCAUGAAUGGGAGAAACAAAUUUCUCCCGUUUCCUCCAAAGAACUUCUGCAAUCAUUGAAUGAAAGUGAUUUGCCUAGUGGAAUAAUUUUACCCAAUUCAAGUUCUGAUGAAAAUGUAAUAGUUGACAGCAAUAGCUUGUGUAAUCAGCUUGUGGAACUAGAUGCAGUUGGUGCAUGCGUGAAUGAAGUUCUUGAUGCAAUUUCCAUAAGCCAAAAGGAGAAUGUGGAAAAUAAUAAAGAGAAGAAAAGAAAAACUGAAUCUAAAAGAUUUUUGAAAAAAUAUACUUCAUUGAAGUAUCAGUUAGGUUUUUUACAAUUAGUAAAAAAGAAUAGGAUUCAACAUGCAUUGCGUUUACGCCAAAGAGGAGUUGGUUUAAAAAAGAAGCCAAAAAAGUGUGAUAAAGAUAGUGUAGAUUGUUCCAUGAAUAAAAUAGCAUAAUAACCUUAUGUGCAAUUGAUAUCACGUUACAGUUUAAAGAAGUACAACCCAGCAUUAACAGAACAUUUUCUUGAAGCAUGUUUUAAUCCGUAUUUUGUAUUUUGAACAGAUUACUUAAUUCUGUUGCUGUGCUCUAUUGAUUAGCAGUGUUUACAAUG